GGGGGGGUCUCGAGAUGAUGAAAUUACUUUGUGAUGGUGGUGGAGAAGCUGUAUUGGUAGAAAGUGGUGGAGCACGUGUAGAAGGGGUUUGUCUACACGUAGGUUAUCACUGGUACAAAUACCUGUGGCCCAGGAAGGAUGAAAUGUAAAAACUCGUCUCUGAAAGUUUCUGGAACACAGAGCGUAGCAAUAGGCCCCCGCGGUUCAUAGUGUUGUACGCAGCAGCACCACCACCACUACCAUGUUACUAGUUCUGAAACUGACCAUGGGAAGACGCUUUCACAGAAAAUUGCAAAUGAAUGACAUGGUUUGUGUGACGAUGGCACUCGUUUACAACUACCAUGCGAUGACAAGACAAGGAAACGCAAACAGACACAAUACUUUCAUUACACAAUAAAGAUUUUCGACGUAACUACGACAUGGGGAAAUGGCUUUUAAUCAACAACAAAUCAAUCAAUGAAAUUUCCUCGCCCGUCUUCAUUUUCCAUUUAGACCUCAAAUCAAAAGCGAAACUUAUUUGCAUCACUGUCGUAGAAAAUAUUGUACACAUUUCUACUAUCGAUGGUGGAAAAAACUAACUUUAUUUCAAGAGAGGAUCCUUGGUCAGCAGCACGUAUUCUAAUGAUUAAUGGAUGACAUUGGCAUGAAAGAAAUUCUCUUUUAUAAUGAAUACAUCUUCAACAUUUUUCGUCUUUUAAAAUCUUCAAGAAAAAGGUUAUACAGAACACAUCUAAGCCUAUUUCUAUAAAUCUAAGGUAGAAAUUCUAUGAAAUGUUUGCUCUGCAAAAUUUUCUACUUCAUUAUCUGAUGAUUUGCAUUCUCAUUAAUUUUCAAUGAAUUUAUAAGUUUGUAGCAUCUUUAGGUAUCAGUGAAGUUUGCAUUUGAAUGCAGUGGAAAUAUUUGUCUGGAAUUAACUAUAACUAGGAGAAACAUACAGGAAAAAUUUAAUGUAGUGAGAAACCUCAAGCACUGGAUCUAUUUUCAUCUGUAAGAGAUGUCGGAAGGUAUACGAAAAUCAUAUCCUUCUGAUAUUUGUGAUAAAUCAUUCUCUCAGAGUCGUCACUUAAAGAGACUCAAACAUAUUCACACAGGAGAAAAACCAUUUCACUGUGAUAUCUGUGGUAAAUCAUUCUCUCAAAGUGGUAGCUUAACUGCACACAAACGUAUUCACACAGGAGAGAGGCCAUUUCACUGUUAUAUCUGUGGUAAAUCAUUCUCUCAAAGCAUUCAUUUAACUAUACACAAACGUACUCACACAGGAGAAAUACCAUUUCACUGUGAUAUUUGUGGUAAAUCCUUCUCUGCAAAUGGUAAUUUAACUAAACAUAAACGCAGUCAUACAGGGGAGAAGCCAUAUCACUGCAAUAUUUGUGGCAAAUCAUUUUCUGAUGGAAGUAACUUCAUUAUUCACGAACGUAUUCAUACAGGGGAAAAGCCAUUUCAGUGUGAUAUUUGUGGUAAAUCAUUCUCUGCAAGCAAUUCGUUAACCAAGCACAAACGCAGUCAUACAGGAGAGAAGCCAUUUCAUUGUGAUAUCUGUGGUAAAUCAUUCUCUAAAAGUGGUUACUUACCAAGUCAUAUGUGUAUUCAUACUGGAGAGAGGCCAUAUCACUGUGAAAUCUGUGGUAAAUCAUUCUCUGUAAGUAGUUCCUUAGCAACUCAUUUGCUUAUUCAUACUGGAGACAGGACAUAUCACUGUGAUAUAUGUGGGAAAUCAUUUUCUACAAAGGGUAACUUUACUCAUCACAAACGUAUUCAUACAAGAGAGAGACCGUAUCACUGUGAUAUCUGUGGUAAAUCAUUCUCUACUAGCAGUAACUUAAUUAAACACAAACGCAGUCAUACAGGAGAGAAACCAUAUCACUGUGAUAUCUGUGAUAAAUCAUUCUCUGCUAGCAAUAAUUUAAUUAAACAUAAGCGCAGUCAUACAGGAGAGAAGCCGUAUCACUGUGAUAUAUGUGGUAAAACAUUACUUGAUAAUAGUACCUUAAUUACUCACAAACGUACUCACACAGGAGAGAGGCCAUUUCACUGUGAUAUCUGUGGUAAAUCAUUUUCUCAAAGCUGUAAUUUAACUAUACACAAACGUACUCAUACAGGAGAAAUACCAUUUCAUUGUGAUAUCUGUGGUAAAUCAUUCUCUUCAAGUGGUAAUUUAACUAAACACAAACGCAGUCAUACAGGGGAGAAGCCAUAUCACUGUAAUAUUUGUGGCAAAUCAUUUUCUGAUGGAAGUAACUUCAUUAUUCACAAUCGUAUUCAUACAGGGGAAAAGCCAUUUCAGUGUGAUAUCUGUGGCAGAUCAUUCUCUGCAAACUGUAAUUUAACUUCUCACAAACGUAUUCAUACAGGAGAGAAACCAUUUUGCUGUGAUUCCUGUGGUAAAUCAUUCUCUCAGAAAAGUCAGUUAACUAAACACGUAUCUAUCCAUAGAAAUACGUGACUCUGUUAUUUCUCAGAUUUCUAUGAAUAUACAAUUGUAUUGGAUAAUGCUGAGCAGAAAUAUUAAUGCAAACAUGAACACACAGUUUCUUGCUUUCUGAAAAUAUAUACUCCAUGAAGAAGAUUGUGAAGUCACGUGGGUAAAUAAAUAUCUAUUCAACACUCAAA